AUGGCUACUGCCAGAACUAAAAGCUGCUUGAACUUGGUUCCACGAUACUUGGAUAAGAGAGCACAAGUGUGGGCAUUCAAAAAGGAUCGCUUUCUGUGUUCUGUGAAUACUAAUGGAGUUGAAAGGCAGAACAAAUCCUUUAAGCAUGAAUACCUGGAAGGAAACAGAAGUGCGAACCUUAGUACCAUGCUGACAAUUCUGAUUGAACAAUUCCUACCUGACAAGUAUACUAAUUACAGGUAUGUUGAGCAAAACACAAGGUUGUCCAACAGCUACAAAAGGUAUGAUCUGGAGAUGCCACCUUACCUACACAACAGACCACGACACACAGUACAACACUGUUUGGAAAAGAUAGAUUUAGCAAAAUCCAUCCCCCCUAACCAUGUGAUCUCUAAAGAUGAAGGUCAGUUUGAAGUUUACAGCCAAACAGCUAUACUAGAUGUGUGGUACAAAGUUUCCUUUGGUAGACAUGAUGCAACACCAUCAUGUACGUGUAAAGAGUGGCAAUGCACCUGUCUUCCAUGCAAACACAUGGUUGCAAUAUUCAGACAUAAACCUGACUGGGGUUUUGACAAUCUAAGUGAAGCCUAUAGGACUUCACCCUUUUUCAUACUUGAUGAAGAUCUCAUCUUUCCCAUCAACAAUGCACUGCCAGUAACAGAUGUUCCCGAAGAGGAGAGAAUGACUGCUAGUUCUGAAGAAAUUGAUAAUCUACUCAAUGCCCAUAAAGAAAACCUUCCCCUUCCCAAAGAGGAGAGCAUGACAGCUAAUUCUGAAGAAACUGGUAACCUACUGAAUGUUGAUAAAGAAAAUCUUCCCAUUCCCAGCCGUUUUAAGAAGACAGUAGCAGCUUAGUGCAGGGAACCCAUGAACCAAGCAAAGUCUCUAACUUACAUAGUCGAUGAUACUGAUAUACUUGUGCAGGUUAGAAAGAGCCUGGAACAUUGUGUCAAGAUAAUGGAAAAAUCAGCACUAAAGGCAUCCAAUGGUAUGAUUCUAGAACAAGAAGGCUCA